AUGCUUCCUACCGACUUCCUCUCUCACCCACUUCCUCCACCCGUCGCUGCCACCGUCGACACUCUCUUGUUGCCUGUUUCUCUCCUGCAACAUAUCUUUCUUUUUGCUCACUUACCCAAUCGGCAGCUGGUAGUUGCUCUCUUCGUAAAGCUUUACAGGUGGAAACUUACAGCUACACUUCUAUCCAGAAAGAAACGGAGCAUGUCAGGCCAGGAGCUGCCAGACUACGAUGCCGACUCAAGAAUGACUGGAUCGAAGAAAGGCUCCCCACCACCAAUCAUGCACCCUGAUGUCGAUGUCGCUGAGAGGGAUCCGACAAACCUCAGUAGCUAUAUCAAGGUAACUUUCCAAGAAGUGAUUGCUGAACCAGAGCCGUCAGUUUUUUCUUUGGACAAAAUUUGGGUUCUCAGCUUCAAGGUCUUUAAUGUCAGCAAAAUUUGGUGUUACCGCAUUACAUCAGCCAUGUUGGCUUUGCCCUUGGCCGUCUUGUGCGGUAUAAAUUUUGCCUGUAUGAGUUUCUGUAACAUUUGGCUCGCCAAUCCGUUGGUUCGUUGCUUAGCAAUGGAGUGUCAUAUUGUGCGGCAAGUAUGGGAGUUGAUAAUGGACGUUCUGCUUCGACCAUUCUGCGUUUCUGUUGGUCAAUGUCUGGCUUCUAUUAAAAUGACAGUAAUGGGUGACUGA